UUUGGUUCGAAGCGUUGUAUGGUCACCUAAGAUGCUGGAUUGUCUGGCUCCUCUUUCACUGCCACUGCCUCGUCUGUCGGUGACGAGAAGGUGCGACUGUGGAGUACAAACAUUUUCAGAAACCGAACGUCGCACAAGUGGCGCAGCACUUUCACGUGAACUGAGACGUCAGCACUAGCUGGGUACAAAAGGUCCUGCGCCCCAUGACAGAAUAACAGCGCUUCGCCAUACACCAGGUUAAAAUGACGUCCACACAAUCCAACUCCAAAGGCGUUGCAGUCGUCACUGGAUCUGCGCAAGGAAUUGGACGCGGCAUCGCAAUACGCCUUGCAGGAGAUGGCUAUGACAUUGUGAUCAACGAUUUGGAAAGCAACAAAGAGAAUUUGGAGGAAGUCAAGAAGGAAAUCGCUGCAAAUUUCCCGGAGCGCAGAGUGCUAGCUGUGCUUGGGAACGUCAGUGUCGAGGAGGAUGUCAAAGGCCUGGUUGAGAGUGCAGUUAAAGAAUUUGGCAGCCUGAAUGUUUUUGUUGCAAACGCAGGCAUUAGCAGAUCAAAAUCACUCUUAGAAACGACAUCCGAUGACUUUGAGUCCGUGCUUUCUGUUAAUGCCAAAGGCACAUUCUACAGUUAUAAAUAUGCAGCACAGCAGAUGGUAGCUCAAGGUGAGGGUGGGCGAAUUAUUGGUGCAAGCUCCCUUGCGGGAAAGAAAGGGCUUGCUUCACUCAGCGCUUACUGUGCGUCCAAGUUUGCCGUCCGAGGGCUGACACAAUCCGCAGCUAUAGAACUUGGUCGCAAUGGGAUCACAGUAAACGCAUAUGCGCCAGGAACAAUUCAAACAUCAAUGUGUAAGUUUCAAGAUUUGUGCGUUAAUAUACAGUGGUAACUUUACCCCGUGUAGUUACUGAGUUUGUUGAAUCAGCUGGUAAUGACGCCACUUACGACCAGGUGACCCUCUCCACCAAUGUGCACGAGAUGCCAAUUUUGACAUUUUUAUAUAUACUUGAGUUCAAACAGUUGACAUCAGUAGGUGAACUUGGAACUACCCAGGACAUUUCGAGCCUGGUUUCAUUUCUGGUGACCCCGGAAGCACGUUUCAUCACAGG